AUGAACCAGGAACGACAAAUCAGAGUAACCGGCUGCGGCGAUGGCCCGUCAACCUUCGCAGCGCCACAAGAAGUCAAAUUCACCGUCAGCAGCGCACUGUCAAAAGCCCAAAUCAAAUCUAUGCAAGUCGUCACUGGAAAAAUCACCGAGAAGCCGAAGCCCCGACCGCAAUCAGCGCCAAUGAAGCUGGUCACCUCGCCCCUCGCUUUGAUGUAUCAAACUUCAAAUGGUGCGUAUGGAAACAGAGGGCGACCUGUGAGUGCGAUUUGCCGACCUUCAGUUCACUACGGCCAAUCCCGCAAAUUCUCAUCGGACAAGCUGCGCCACGGAAUGUGGAGAAACUGCUCCUUCAACAUCGCCUCCGACGGCUCCGUUAUCCACAAAGUGCGUCUUCCUCCGAAGAAGACCGAUUAA